AUGUUCAUAACUUAUAGAUACUACGAGGGUUUCACGAGUGUUGACGAUAACAUGGGAACUACAGAAAAAAGAUUCAUAGCCAAUAUUACGCUUGAACUAGUUAGGGAUGCGCGCCUUAAGACGAGACAGCUCGCGCGGAUGAGGCAAGAUCACUCAGGCUAUGUAGCAUACCAUGUCGGACUAGUUGUUGGUAAAAUACGUGAAAAAUACAAAAGCAUGUUGGAUAUUUAUAGAGAAGCACAAGAUCACCGCCACGAGCGGAUGUAUGCAAACAUACCAGGUAUAAAACAUGACCGAGUGGAGCAUUACUUCUUCUUCUUCGAACUCGUACGAAAGUAUGAACUCCACAUUGAUCACUUAGUUCAUGUGCUAGAAUCAAUCCCCGAAGAAGAAUGGCCUGGAAAAGACGGGGCUUUGACUGACACCUUUCAUAAGACGCAACUGCCCUACGGAAGAAGACACAGUAAACUAGAUCAAUUUGGUUACGAGAUAGAUGUUAUAAAAGAACAACAUCUAAAAAGAAAUUUAAGACAAAAGUUUUUAUUGAGGAAAAUGGGAAGACCUGUAAAUGCGUCCACUUCGCAGAAGAGGUAA